AUGAGUGAUUAAUAAAAAGAAUCUGUAAAAGCAAGCAGCAAGGAAAGUGAUUAUAUAGAUGAUAAUUACUAUGAAAAACUAGACAAGGCUGAACUGAUAUCUAUAAUUAAAACCAAAUUGAAAGAGACUGAGGAAAAGUCAAUCCUAAAUAAAAAGAAUUCUAAUAAUACUACAAGCUCUUUUGCAUUACCUUCAGAAUUCAAAACUUAAUGGGAUGGAUUGAUGUCUGAGCAUUUGAUUGAUGCUUUUGGCGUUCAUUUGCAAAGGCCAAGGAUAUUUACAAUUUUAGCCUAAUAAAGUUUUAAAACCGUGAUAAAAAUUAUAGAAGAUUAGAAAUUAGAGAAGAUUCAAAUCAUUUCAGAUAUAUUAAAUUUCAGUGAUAAUUUGGAGUGCAUUGAUAUUAUCAAAGCUAGACUCUAGCCUGUGUUUUAAGAAUAGGCUAAAAUAAUAUUUAAGUAUAAUUAGACAGAUAUAAUUAGCAAAUUCAAGAAUGAGUUAAAAGCUCUAAAGAUAAAAAAGGAUUUUAUUGAUGAAUUGGAAGAUGAGGAUAUGUAUAACUACUUUUAAAAAUUAUUUAGCAUCAUUCUACACAUGAAACUUAGUGAUCCAAUCAUUUCUUUGAAUCUCCCUUAUGUUUAGUAAAAUGACAGCAGAAUAUUGAUAGACUUUUAUAAGGAUCUAGUUCUUAGUCCUUUUAAAAAUAAAGAGCAUUACUGUGCAGAUGGUUUUCCCAAGGAAGGAAGCAAUUGUUUUGUCAUUUUAUCAUCACCUAUGAGAGAUAGUCAUAUCUAUCAAGGAAUAAAGUAGACAGUACUGAUGGGUGAGGAAAAGAAAAUAUUAUGUUUAGAUUAGAGUGACUGGGAUGAUAUUGAAUUGAGUGAGGAUGUAAGAAAGCUUGAUAUGCUAAUGACUCUACCCAGGAAAAACGAAGAUAUUCCUUCAACUUAUCCAUUAGAUAUCAGUCAAGAUACUAGUCCAGUUUUAUAAAAUGAUUAGCAGGAUAGCAUAUCAAAAAAAAAAGGCAUAAUCAACGACAGUCCUGAUAACAAUAAUUCAAACAGGAGAAGAGUUAACUUUAAUUAGAUUCUUCUAAGUGAGAUAUAAAGCCCUAAUAUCUACAAUGACAAUGAAAACUUCUUUAAAGAUAGUAUAAUUAAUUUGAAAGUAAGUACUGAAGAAUGUUAAUCUAUAUAAGAGGAGUUAAACGAUACUUAGAGAGUGCUGAACUUCUUCAAAAGCUCAAAUAAUCACAUUCUCUGUGAACUACUCUAGCAAGAUUCUUUUAAUUAGGACUAUACAAAUUCUCAAAUAAUUGAUUCUAAUAGAAAUUCAAAUCUUAAUUAGCCUAAGAUUAGACCACUCACAUAAUAGAAUUCAAUAACGAGUGUCAAACCUCACUUUGAUAGAUAAAGUGAGGAAAAGAGGGCAAUUUUAAUUAAAAGUCCAUUUGCCAAAAAGAUGCCUUAAAUUUAAGAGAAGCCAGUCUUGAAGGUUAAAAAUAGUGCGAUACUAGAUAAAGUCAAAUAAAAUGCAGCCAAACUUGAUAGUAUUAGUAAGGGACAAUAUAGGAAUUAGAAGUCAAGCCAUAGAUACAAUGAGGAGGGAUACUACUUUUAAAAUCAAAAUAAUGCAAAUUAAACCAGUAGGAGAGAAAGCUAUGGUAAAAAUAAUCGUAAAAUAAUGAGCAAAAAUGUUUAAGAGAUGUUUGGGAAAAAUAACAGUAGCGUUACAUAGAUUGAUGAAAAUAUAUAAAUUGUUAAGGCAUACUAAACUCAUGAUCACUAAGCAGAAAUCAUUAAACCUUAAGGAGAUAGUAAUAACUCAGCAAUGAAGGACACUAUGUCGAGCAAUUUUAAAUUUGCUUGGAAUGACAGUGCUGUUACUGAGGAAACUAGAAAACUUACAGAAAUCGAAACCGAUUGCAAAAAAUUAAAUACAACAAUAGAAUUUAGGAAGUCAAUAAAUAAGACGAAGUCAACUGUAAACAUACCUAAAAAUGCUUAAAGAAGUACUGGUAAAGGUGAUAAAUCCAGUUCAGUUUCGCAAGUUGUUACUCCGAGCAAGGAUGCUAUAAUAAAUGACCCUACUCUAAAGAAGCUUUGGGAUGAAGUUAGAAGGAAUUCUUUUGGAAAAGUACAGAAAUUUCAGCCUAUUUUUAACGGCAGGCAAAGCAAUAAUAACUCAAUUAUGUAAAAUCAAUAAUUGAUUUAAUUGGGAUCAAGCACUUUUAGAAACAAAUCUCUAUCUAGUUAAAAAUAAGAUAAUAAUCCAUUUAGAAGGCAAUCUCAGACUCGAGAGUAAACUAAUAGAGCAUAAUCAACAUUUAAAUUGAGAAAUUAAGUCAUUAAAGAGGAUGAUGAUGAUAGCAAAGGAAUGAUGACUCCUUUCAGUGAUGAUUUAGACCGAUAAGAAGACGAUUAAAGUGAGGGGAAAAAUCUAUUUAUAUCACCUGGAUUAAAUUUUGACAUGAGAAAUAUAUUUAGGAAUAAUAAUAACAAUCAAGUCUGCUUGAGGGAUGACAAGAAAAAUGAUUCAGUAUAAGAAGCAGAUUGUAGCAAUCAGGAUAUUCAUUAUAGAAUUAAUUUAGCUGGUGAACUUCAGCUAUCAAAUGGUAAUGUCAACUCUAGCUUUUAAAAGAAAAAGACAUAUCUUAAAAAAUCACUAUCGAAAUUGAAUAUAACUUCUCAAAAUUAUGCUUAAAUAGAAUCAUAGAAAAAUAUGAAAAAUAAUAUGGGUUCAUGUACUAAUAGAACUAUGUAAUAGUAAGCAAACCAAGUUUAAACUUAGAAAGCUUAUGUCAACGACCCAAAAGAUCCCAUUCCAAGACAUUUAAACAAUAAAGUGAGUUCAAAAACUGUAAAUAAUAGAGAGUAAAAGUUAUUAAGUUAGUAGGUUACAAUUAGCGAUUAGAAAGUAUCUUCUUAUAACAUAAACCAAGGUCGAAAUGAGGAUCUUCCUAAAUAUAAAUCUACUUAUAUACUUAACCAAAGUCUGAAACAAAUUAAUAAUUGGGAUCGAUCCUAGGCUUAGUCCAGUAUGGGAUAGUAGUAUUAGCAGAAUUUGAGCAUUAAACUGACCAAAAAUUCAUCAAAUACAUUCUUAAUGAAUGAUAGUUUAUUCAAACACACUCCUAUGAUAAAUAAUGUCAACUCUAGAUAAAAUUUCAAAAACUACUGA